AUGGCCGACCUGGGGAAGAAGUACUGCGUUAACUGCCUUGCAGAUGUUACAAACCUGCGGCUUCGCUGCACCGACUGCCCCGAUAUCGAGCUUUGUCCGGAGUGCUUCUCGGCGGGCGCAGAAAUCGGUAACCACCGGAGAUGGCACGGCUACCAGCAGGUCGACGGCGGUCGGUUCUCUCUCUGGGGUCCCGAGGCAGAGGGAGGAUGGACCAGCAGGGAAGAGCAGUCGCUACUCGAUGCUAUCGAGCAAUAUGGAUUUGGAAACUGGGAGGACAUGGCCGCUCACGUCGGAGCAUCCCGGACUCCUCAGGAAGUCAUGGAGCAUUAUGUCACCAUGUACAUCCACGGAAACUUGGGUAAGGCCUGCAUCCCUGACAGUAUUCCAAACCGGGUUACGGACCACACCUGUCCAAGUGGCGGCCCGCUGUCGCCCAGCCUCACCACGCCACUCCCCCCACUGGAUAUCAGUCUAGCUGAGCAGCAGCAGCUGGGCUACAUGCCGCUACGUGACGACUAUGAGAUCGAGUACGACCAGGAUGCCGAGAAGCUCAUCAGCGGGCUGUCGGUCAACUACGACGACGAGGAUGUAGAAAUCGAGAUGAAACGUGCCCACGUCGACAUGUACGUGCGCAAGCUCAGAGAACGCCAGCGACGUAAGAACAUCGCUCGAGACUACAGCCUGGUGCCUGCAUUCCUGGGCCGAGACAAGAAAGACAAGGAGAAGGAGAAGCCAGGGACGUUGGGAGUCGUGGGCACUGCUGGUGGUGUGGUUGGACCAGGAGCUGGCGGUGGAGCAAUCGGAUCAGGUUCCACGGCAGCAGUAGGAUCAGGUCCUGUUCCGAGUACACCCAAAAGAAAGAUCACUAAGGAGGAGAAGGAGCAGCGGGUGAGGCUGCGGGGGCUCUGCCAGUUCAUGGCUCACCGGGAGUUUGAAGACUUCUUUGAAAACAUGCAUAAAGAGCGUAUAUUGAGGGCCAAGGUGCGUGAGCUGCAGCGCUACCGCCGCAACGGCAUCACGCGUCUGGAGGAGUCUGCCGAAUACGAAGCCGCGCGCCACAAACGGGAGAAACGCAAGGAGAACAAAAGUGUGGUCACCUCCAAACGAGGCAGCUCGGGAGGGGGCGGGCUUGGUUCUGGGAUGGGACUCGGGGUUGGAGCAGGAGGGGCAGGAGGCGUCGCCGGAGGGUUGGGAGUUGGAGGUGGGAUCAAAGAAGAGGGCAAAGAUGGUGAGUUUGCCGCCAUCGAGAAUCUGACGGGCUUUGAGCUGCUGUCAGACAGGGAGAAGGUGUUGUGUAACUCUCUCAACCUCAGCCCGGCGCGCUACCUGACUGUCAAAACCAUCAUCAUCAAAGAUCACCUGCAGAAAAGGCAGGGCAUCCCGGCCAAGAGCCGACUGCCCAGCUACCUGGACAAGGUUCUCAAAAAGCGCAUUCUCACCUUCCUCACAGAGAGCGGUUGGAUAUCCCGAGACGCCUCUUAGCGGUCUGAUUUUGGUCAGGUGGUAAUAAGCUGAUGAUUGCUGGUAGCUGAUAAGCUGUACGUUUUAGAGGCUGGACAGAACUACCAGCUUUCACCGUUUCUUGUCAGGGGUGACCAUGUGAAUAUGUAUCUUGUAAAGAAAGAGGAUGCCCCGCCGAAGAAAAAAAAAAAUCUUAUUUUCAUACCAGGGGAAUGGGACAGGGUGGAAUACAGCUCCGUGGCUUCAGCAUGAGUUCUGUCCAUAAUGUGUCUACAUGACGAUAACAAGAAUGAGAGUUGUUCUAGUGCUAUAGCAAGAAGUUCUCUCAAGACAUAUAUAUGUAGAAACAAUACGAUAAAUUCAACCAGCGGCAGGGCAAAGGCCAUUUCAUGCUGAAAGGAAGGACAUAAAAGAACAUUUCUUGAACAUGUAGUGUUCUUGGUAAUUCUUUAGGUGAAUGUUAACUAGUGGGUGACAGAAAUGAUCAAAAGCUGUGUUUUUAGAGUCUCUUAAACUUUGUUUGGGGUUUCAUUAAUCAAACCUGCAGUGGGUAACUUUCCAGCACAAGGUAGCUGUUUGAAUUGAUGACGGCUGCCAGGGGGAGAUGAUACUGCAAAAGCAACACCCAUCGUCAGGCUUAAAAUAGGUUGACACAGAGCUAAACCGAUCAAUCACCUAGGCUGAUAUUUUAGCUCAUCGCUGAUCAGCAUUCGCACACAGGUUGACCACAGAAAUGCCAAAGAACAUGCUAACAGAUAAGGACACAGUCAGUCUUCCAGAGGAUGCUGCCAGGUUUAUUUUUGAUGGGGGAAAACUGUCCCAGUCAGUACACCUCUUGGUUAAAUAACCAAAUUUAAAGGGUCCUGAUUAAAAAUGUGACAUGUUUAUCUUUAAAACUAAAAAUAUCGGCUGAUAGCUUGUAUUUAAUUGAAGCCCCUGAAACCCUAGCGUCAAUUAUUUAAAGUACUUUUCAAUGGUACUAAAUGGUCGAUGUGCUUUUUAGGAUGACGUAGGAGCUGUUUGAUCAGAUUUCAUUGGCAGUAGCUGUUUUCCCACAAUGUUCUUUAAGCGCAUUUUGAAGUAUUGUAUUUGAAAAAAUGUGUUGGAGACGACAAAAUAAAGGGGAAAAAUGCAGGAAAAA